CGUUUAGUGAUAAUAGUAUGUUAGAAAGAAUGGAUGAGAAACUCAAUGAGAUCUUAGCUAGUUUAAGAUCUCUCGAAAGAAGAGUAAGAAGUAUUGAAAACCAAAAUGAGAACAACAUAAGCAUGAAUAAGAAACUCGCAAAA